AUGGGCGAUAAGCCCACUACCACAACCACCAUAUCUGACGAUAUGAACAACACAAACAGUGCUUCCCAACAUAUACGUAAUACUGCAUCAUUUGCAGAUAUAGCCUCCAAUGUUACAUUACCGAAAAUGAACCAAGCAAUCGUUUUUAACUCUAUUAACAACAUCAAACAAAUCGAAUACGUUAUCGCAAUCAGUAAAAUUAUACCCGCAGAAAAUAUUCAAUUUGUAUCACGCAUUUCAAAUAAUCGAUUCUGCAUAUUCUUUAACAGUCAAGCCGUCAUGGAAAAUCUACUCAAAACUCACUCUACAAUCCAUGUCAAUGAAACAGAAAUCCCCAUCCGUAGACUUAUAAAUGCGUCCAAAAGAAUCAUUCUAUCCAAUGUUUACCCUACUAUCCCAAAUCACCUUAUACUAAACGCUCUCCAUGAAAUAGGAAUUAAAACCACUUCCCAAAUCUCUCAUAUGAAAGCUGGUUUUGCAACAGAACAAUUCGCGCAUAUACUAAGUUUCAGAAGACAAGUAUACAUUAAUCAAGACAGUGUAUCCAAACUACCUAGUUCAAUCACAGUAACAUUAGAAAACACUACCUUUAGAAUAUUUAUUACCGAUGACACCGUAACUUGUUUUCAAUGUCAUAAAACCGGUCAUUUUUCAAGCCAAUGUAAAAAUAUACCAGAACAAUUCAAUAUCAUCGAUAUGACCGAAACCUAUAUGGAAGAAACCAACGACCUAUCACCAACCCUAAAUGUAGGAAAAAAUGUAUCUCUCUCGCCACCUGCUAGUGUUAAUGCUCAAAAUAUCUAUUCUACUCAAAAUAACGUUCCUUCAACACCAAACCAAGCAAAUGAUAAUGGUGAUCUAAUCACUAUCGAUCAACCCAAAAAACCCUCUCUAGCCGAAAAACUCAAAUCAUCAUCCAACAAAAUUGUCAACGUAACUUCUCCAAACCCAGUUAAACGUCCUGCCCCGUCAACCACGUCUCAACCACCAUCUCCAACAUCUUCGCACUCAUCCAACCCGCCUUUAAUAAUGAAGCCUCCCAACGCACCUGAAGGAAAAACCCAACCAUCAAAAAACCCUAAUGGAAAAGUACACAAAAAACCGAAAGUUAGAACCAGCACCAGUUCAAAUGAUAGCUUCUAUUCAAAUAUCGAUGUAGGGUUAAAUCCAAGCAAAGAUCUGUUCAACUCCAACCCUCAAAUGUCCUUAUCACUCAAUCAAUUUAAAGAUUUCUUCGAAAACUCGCAAGGUUGCACUGAUCUCGAGAGUUUAUGUAUGGAGCACAAUAGCAGUCCAGAAAAUAUAAUCCAAAUCAUUACAAACAUCUACCCUGUCAUAACAAUCAAAAGUAUUAAAAACCGUCUAACCAGAUUAUCAAAAGCACUCGAAAAAGUUCGAAACAUAAAUUCUAGUCAGACUUCCUAUGCUGACAGCAAUGAUGACGAAACCUACUAG